UUCACGAAGAACUCAACAAAUUGAAGCCAAGAGUUCUCCAUGUCACAUUUGGUAUGACUGAACGGCAAUAACCCAAGUGGUAAGUCAUUAAAAAGGGUUACAUGUAAAAAUGACACACAAGCACACAAGCAGCCAAACAUACAUGGACAUUUAUCCAUUAACGCCGAAAAACUCCAAACCAAUCUGCAUAAACAAACUCAUCAGGAGCAAACGAAAUGAUGGCAUUUGUUUUGAUUCCAUCAUAAACCAUAAGAUAGCUCCAGACAUGGCUGAUGCUGAUGCUGUUGCUGUUGCUGAUGCCGAUGCUGAAGCCAAUGCCGAUGCCAAUGCCAAUGCCAAUGCAGACCCUGGGCUGCUGAAUGCUGAUGAAGUGGUUGAAGCUGCCCAAGGAGCAGACGUGAACCCAACGCGCUGCUGAAUUGUUUGGCAAAUAAAUGCCUGGAAGCGCAUAAUGGAUGGAUGGAAGGAUGGAUGGUUGGCUCGCCUGGCUCCGGUCAGCUUGUAGCCCAGUCCGGCUCUGUUAUUAUUUUUAUAUAACUUGUGAAAAUAAUAAUAGAGCUUGCCGGACCAGGCGGGGCGUGGCCGACCAAACAAAUACGUCAGCAAGCGACAGUUGUAUAAACACAAGUGUGAAAGUGCAGAUAGUAACGGCUGAUGGGCAAUGAGCAAUGGGAUCCGAAUGGACCACCGCGUCCAUAUCCAUAUCCAGCCGAAGUGUCUUCAGCUCUCUCUUGUUUCAGAUCCCCAUAUGAAAUUGUCCGCGUGUUUAUUUUUGUUUGUGCUAUGACAAAAAAAACGCACGAAACUGG